CGAGUUGUGUAUGAGUAGGCCUACAUGUUCAAUACGUUGACGUUGAUUUCGAUUGUUAUGAUUGUGGUUUCGAUUGGUUUCGAUGUGUUUAGCAACUGCAGCAAGUUCGUCAAUGCAUUAUGUCAAUUUGUGGUUAACCACAAAAAUAUUAUAUCAUUUUAGUUACAACAGCAAAGUAUCAGUUCCGGAUUACAGUGCCUGAAGAUUGUCAGCCUUGUUGUUUCACGCGGGGGAAAUAUGAUGUGGAAUUUGAGCCCUGGAUCGUGUUGCUUGGCCAUCGAUGUUGGAAACACAACCCUCUCGACGGUUGUGGAGUUUUGACUUCCUCAACUGGAAAAAUACUGACAUUGUCAUUUCGACUUCGCGCGGUGUGCACUCAGUCAAGUUCGGUCUGUUGUUUGGGGCAGGAAUUUUGACAAAAUGAGCAGCCUGAACGAGUCGAGUGAAAGCAUUUUUGUUGAGGAAUUGGGUGAUGAAAAUGAUGAACCGGCGAGGGCCGAAGGUUGGAUUAAAGUUUUUGAGGAGGGAGUCAUCAAGUAUUCCCGUCGCGGUUCCUACAACUUCCUGAACUCUUUAAGAUGGCAAUUGAAGUUCUGUGUCUUGGACUACAAAACAAGUAAAUUACAUCAUUUCAACAAUGAACUGGACGCCGGGAUUGUCCAGGAGAAUGCCAGCGGUGUGGUGCUCAGGUUGAACCCAUCCAGGAUGGAAUAUUACAGCCGAUGGAACCACAGUAGCAUGUCCCACCUGGGCCCUAACUUUCUCAAGACGGAGUCCUCUACUCUUCCCAGGAAACUGUCCAACCGUGACCAAUUGAUCUAUAGUUCUCUCUCCCUCUCUCUCCAUUUCCUUGCCCCUCCACUGUCCAGUAACCUCCCUAAGAGCAUCUCAUUGCUCAGCAUCCCCAUCGUCGUGGCAACCUCCUCCCCUGCAGCCCAGCUCCUCUUCUUCCUCCUAACCUCAUAA